AUGACACGCAAAUCCAGUGGUCUGGGAGCUAUGAUGCUUGCAAAACUCACUGGCCUUGAUUUUGACAGCCCCGAGUCCUUGGCAAUGCAUUACAAGGUCUUGCGGACGGGGGUUGAUGACAAGGGCGUUCCAAAACACUUCCUUGGAUUUGAUACUGACCUUGAACUACUGGGCAAGAAAAUAAAACAAUAUCGGAAGCUUUCAAAUGACCAACAAGCUGCUGAAGGCCAGCGAUGGAAUGAGAUGCCAGAUUGGGAGAAGGAUACCUUCAUUUCUCGAAUCGAAGAGCUCAAGCGGAAGUUCAAUCCCCAGAAAAUGUCGCAGUACGAUCAACCAACUGCAAGAAACAUUUCACCAAUACCAACGGAGCAUCUGGCAGUCACUGGUCCUGCUAUAACUCUUGACACGACAAUCUCCCGUUCAACAAUAUAUUGA